AUAUAGCCUCAUAUUUAAUAUUCUUAUUUUGCUACAACUUGUAUAUCAAUUAAAAACGCUUUAUGGAUUCCGCGUCAAGCGAUAAUGGGAUUUAUGCCGUAUGUGGCAGAUGUGUGCUUGGUUGCACUUGCAGCUAUUAUUAAAUGGACAUCUGCUCUUCAAUGUUACGACUGCCAAAAUGUGACCGAUGUGAACGCAUGCAACAAAACGGUCACUUGCGCUUCUAAUGAGGCAUGCUUCAUGGGUUCAACUUUGCUGACUAAUAUUGAACGGACUUACACUUUAACGUGCAAAGAUAAUAUUCAUUGUAACCCACUGGGUCCGUCAAGUGCUUUGGUUGGACGAUCUGUUGCAAAUGAUGAAUCGUCGUCUAUCAAACGUGUUGUAGCCUGCCACGAAUGUUGCGCCACACCCCUAUGCAACAAGGCUCUGUGUAACCAUCCGAGGCCGGCAACCUGUACUGACGACCAAUCUGUGGACUGUGCCAAGAUUCACUCCCUAUUCAAUGUUUGUGCUGACAUUCAGAAGGCUAAGUUGGUUUGUCCAAAGUUCUGCAACCUCUGCAACGUAGUUGAUGGAAAUUGGAACUGGUGGUCAUCAUGGAGUAGAUGUGACGUCACGUGUGCAAAUGGAACACUGACACGUCAUCGAAAUUGCACGGAUCCUGCGCCUCAAAACGGCGGUCUGGAUUGUUUUGGAAUAGGAACCGAAAGUCAAAUGUGCAUACUAGAUCGUUGCCCGGUUCACGGUGGCUGGAGCCUUUGGUCACCAUGGGGAUCGUGCUCAGUCACGUGCGAUGUGGGCAUGCAGAGACGUGACAGGUCAUGUUCUAAUCCAUAUCCGUCAAAAGAUGGUGACCACUGUUAUGGAGAUUCCAGAGAUGAUCAGAUUUGCUACGAGCAUGGAUGCACAAAUGGUGGGUGGUCGGCAUGGGCAAACUGGAGUUCUUGUACAGCAACGUGUGGCGGAGGUCUAAGAACAAGAGAUCGGAUGUGUAACAAUCCAUUUCCGUCAUAUCUUGGGCGUUAUUGCGAUGGUUCAUCGCAGAACAUUGACCUAUGCAACAAUGUUCCUUGUUCAGAUGGUGGGUGGUCGGCAUGGGAAAACUGGAGUUCUUGUACAGCAACAUGUGCCGGAGGUCUAAGAACAAGAGAUCGGAUGUGUAACAAUCCAGUUCCGUCAUAUCUUGGGCGUUAUUGCGAUGGUCCAUCGCAGAACACUGACUUAUGUAACAACGUUCCUUGUACAGGCACCGAUAUUCAAUUUGUUGUGGGCACACCAGUCAUGACAUCCUGCAGCGGAAAUUCAUGGACGAUACCAAGGACAUGUGAGGUCGCAUUUGAUACAUUCAUAUCGCGUGCAAAUCCACAGUUUAAUCUUCAAAGGGCAACAUUCACGGCUUCGAAGACUGGAACAUACUGGUUUGAGUGGAAUUUAGUAGCAGAAACCACUCACCAAGACUUCUAUAUAUAUAAAAAUGAUAAUCAAAUCGCCAUGAUGAAAUUUGACUCUAACCACACUCACGUGACAUAUGCUAAUCAGGUGCAGUUGAUGAUGAAUGAUUACGUCCGCUUAAAAAGGUGUGCUGGUGGCAUGUUUGUCGGAAACCUAAACUUACAUUACAGUUCAACAUUUACAGGAAUCCUCAUAAGUUAACAAUUAAACUAUUAAAUAAAUGGUAGUUUUUUUAUAUUCAUGGUAUCUUAGAACAUUAUAUACACAUAUAUUUCUUAAAAAUGUAAUCGUAACAUUGUAUUUAUAAAAUGUUGUUCUUUGAUUGCCAGUUUCCAAUGAG